UGCGCGCAUGCGCGGUCCGCUCGCCAUCGAACCAGGAUGCUCGUGCUCUGAUGCUGCGGAUUUGACGGGUCGGCCUCCGGAACAGCGAGCGGAGAAAGGCCGGAACUUAGGAAAUAAUGAACAACAAAUUUGACGCUCUGAAAGAUGACGACAGUGGAGAUCACGACCAGGACAACGGCUCACCGAAAGAUGGUGAGAAGGAAAGGAAUGAGGAUGAGGAAAAGGACCAAAACACUACCAAGAAGAAGGCUGUGGUUCCUGGGGCAGGUGAACACCCUCUUCAGUAUAACUACACAUUCUGGUAUUCUCGGCGAACCCCAGGCAGACCAGCCAGUACACAGAGCUAUGAGCAGAACAUCAAACAAAUUGGCAGCUUUGCUUCGGUGGAGCAGUUCUGGCGGUUUUACAGUCACAUGAUCAGACCAGGUGAUCUGACUGGCCAUAGCGACUUUCACCUGUUUAAAGAGGGAAUCAAGCCCAUGUGGGAGGAUGAUGCUAAUAAGAGUGGAGGGAAGUGGAUAAUUCGGCUGCGGAAGGGUCUGGCCUCACGCUGCUGGGAAAAUCUGAUCCUGGCCAUGUUGGGUGAGCAGUUCAUGGUUGGUGAGGAGAUCUGUGGCGCUGUUGUCUCAGUCCGCUUCCAGGAGGAUAUCAUAUCUAUCUGGAACAAAACGGCAAGUGAUCAGGCCACUACUGCUCGCAUCAGAGACACGCUUCGCAGAGUCCUCAACCUGCCACCAAACACCAUCAUGGAGUACAAAACGCACACUGACAGCAUCAAGGCUUGGGAGGAUUUUCAUGGACUGGUGAAUGCUAGUGGUGGUCGCUAGGUCUUUCUCAAGGGUGAACAAUUGCAGGGGUUUAGUUACCUUCAGUGUGGAUGAAGAGGACUUUCCUAGGGCAUACAACUCACUUAUUUAUGAAUUAACAUUGUUUUGAAUAGAAAACAAAAGGGAUAUUGGCUACUGGAAAGCCCAUAUUCCUGGUCAAAAUAUCUGUUCAGCUAAAAUGCCCCUGAGAAUGAAGGAGGAGUCAAAUGACCAGUAACAGAUGUUUUCAAUACUUAUUAAGAAAAACAUAAGCCAGUGCAGAAACAAGCCUCAAUAAUUGUCGCUACUGUGGUUCUGAUGAAGGCUGAUUAACAAAACCAAUCAAAUUAAAUUUGUUGAAUCAUUGUACAGUAAGUCAUGUUGACCUCAUCUGGCAAGUUAUUCAGCUUCACAUAACCCACACUUCUUAGAAAGCAAGUACUUUUAUUUGAUAUUGUCAUAAACAGGGUUACAUUUUACUAUAGUGCAGUAUUUUAAUUUCAGUGUUAAAGUUUUGUUUUUGAAAUUGUGAGAAACAUUAUAUUUUCAAAGUUUUUUGAAGAGAUAUAUGAUGGAAUCUGUUCUUGAUAUUUUUUUUGUUUUAAGCUGAGUGUGUUGAAACUUAAAAGCCUAAAAGAUAUCGCACAGUGCCUGCUUCCCAGAAGCACUCAGCGAUUUUUGCCUUGGAAAGAUAUUUUUGUGAUUAUGCUGUCAGCCGAAAAAUCCUGAUUCUCCUUUUCCACCAAGUAAAACUGAAGAAUAUUAACUGAUGUGGAUUUGGCGAUUGGGGUUGGUCAUGGUUUGUGUACAUCUUACAUACUGCCUGGAUUUAUAAACUUGGGUGUGUUUUGAAGUAAUGUUUGGAUUACUGAUGGCAAUAAACGUCAAAUAUGCAGCUGCUGCCAA